AUGGCAGAACUCCCAAUUGAGAUAGUGACUGACGUACUAUCAAGGCUUCCUUUGAAAGCCCUCUUCAGAUGCAAGUGUGUCUGCAAGACAUGGUGCAACUUACUAUCGGAUUCUUGGUUCGUGAAAUUGUGGGAAACUAAGUGGAGAAAACUCCGUUUCUUUUACGUACAAGAUCUAGCAUGUUCCCGUGAUGGAAAUCGUUGUACCCACCAAUUUACAUCCGCAGAUGAAGAAGUUCGUAGCAUUGUGCAAGAAUUCACCAAGGAAGGAAAAUACUAUACGAGUAGAGGAAAACACUAUACGGGUGGAGGACUGAACAUGGUGUUGGACCCUGCAACGGCCUACUGUAGUGCUCUCCACAAGCAUGGGGUCAUGCAAUUGGUUUUGGACAUGUACCUUCUACGGGAGACAUUAGACGUGAAGGCAAUUAUUAUUCAUCAUCAGAUUCUUGGAGAGUCAUUAAUCGAUCCAAGUGCCCAUAUCCAAUUCGUAGUACCGCUGUUUUUUGUUAAUGGACGUCUUCACUGGGUAGUCAAUACUGACUGUCCUUUUCCACCAGAUCAUGAUAAUGCCAUAAUAUUCUUCGAUUUGGCUAGUGAAAAUUUUGGGUAUGUCCCCCAUCCUCCAGAUUACCAGCAUGAACAAGAAAGUUCCAUUUAUGUGUUGGAUCUGGCAGGUACCCUUAGCCUACUUAACUUGGAUGAAAAUCUGAUUCGACUAUGGAUGCUUGAUGAUUAUGACAAAGGCGUCUGGACCGAAACACAUUACAUCAUGUUAGACCCUCUGCCUUGGGAAGACGAUAUAAGCUUUAAAUUUAUGGUGGGCAGGGAAUUACAGAUGGCACCUUGGCAUUGUAAAUACAGACUCUACUACAACAUUGACACGCGAACUUUUAGAAGAGUUGAAAAGCCUGAGCCUGCAGGAUCUCAUGGGUGGACUUUUAGAUACUACUGGGAAAGCUAUGAAGAUCUGAUGGAAAAUCACAAAGUACUAGCAUUAUGUUAG